AUGUUUGAGCCCCAGAGUGCUCUCCUGCUUAGAAAACAAUUAGCAGAAUUGAAUAAAAACCCUGUCGAAGGGUUUUCUGCAGGACUCAUAGAUGACAAUGAUAUAUAUAGAUGGGAAGUCCUUAUUAUUGGACCACCUGAUACUUUAUACGAAGGAGGAUUUUUUAAAUGUCAUUUAUUAUUCCCUAAAGAAUAUCCACUUAGACCGCCUAGAAUGAAAUUUAUUACAGAAAUUUGGCAUCCAAAUAUUGAAAAAAAUGGUGAUGUAUGUAUUUCAAUUUUACACGAACCAGGAGAUGAUAAGUGGGGUUAUGAAAAGGCAUCGGAACGAUGGUUGCCUGUUCAUACGGUUGAAACAAUACUUAUAUCUGUUAUAUCAAUGUUAGCUGACCCCAACGAUGAAAGCCCUGCCAAUGUAGAUGCUGCGAAAGAGUGGAGAGAAAAUUAUUCGGAUUUUAAAAGAAAAGUUGCACGGUGUGUACGAAAAAGUCAAGAAGAGUGCUUGUAG